AGUCCAACUGCCGGCGAUUGGGAGUGGGUAUCGCACCCUCCGUCCCUCCCUAACAGAGAGAUUCACGAAAGAUAUGUAAUUUGAAUUUGUGGCUAAACGCCUGAACCACUGUAGAUGACUUGCUGUGUUUUUGUAGCAAACAAAGAAUGCUGACUCUACUCUUAAUCACUCUAACCUUUGCUUCAAUCCUCACAAUCCUCGUGAAAUUCGCCACUGCAGAUGGUGAUUUUACAUUAUUAUCAAAAAGGAAGGUAAAACGCGAAGAAAUCGAAGAUAAGGUUGUUUGGAUAACUGGUGCCAGCCGUGGAAUUGGGGAGAUUCUUGCAAAACAGCUUGCUAGCUUAGGGGCCAAACUCAUAAUAUCUGCACGAAAUGAAGCUGAGUUAGAGAGAGUCAAGAGUCAACUUAUUGGUAAACAUGCACCUGAUGGAGUGAUGGUUUUACCAUUGGAUCUUACAUCUGGUGAAGAUUCUCUUUCGGAAGCUGUACAGAAAGCAGAGUCUUUUUUUUCUGGUGCUGGUGUUGAUUAUAUGAUCCACAAUGCAGCUUAUGAGCGCCCUAAAACUUCAGCUCUUGAAGUGACUGAAGAAGGUCUUAAGGCAACCUUCAACGUAAAUGUUCUUGGGACGAUAUCUCUCACUCGGCUACUUGCACCUUCCAUGUUGAGACGGGGGAAGGGUCAUUUUGUUGUGAUGAGCAGUGCUGCAGGGAAAACACCUGCACCAGGUCAGGCUGUAUACUCCGCUUCAAAGUAUGCACUAAAUGGAUAUUUUCAUACUUUGCGUUCUGAGCUCUCUCAGAAAGGGAUUAAGGUGACUAUUGUUUGCCCUGGACCAAUAGAUACGACAAAUGGUUCUGGAGCAAGCACUUCUGGACAGAGGGGUUCUUCUGAGAAGCAUGUUUCAUCAGAAAGGUGUGCAGAGCUGAUAAUCAUAGCAGCAACUCAUGGGCUAAAGGAAGUUUGGAUAUCAGAUCAGCCUGUGCUUGCUGUUAUGUACUUGGUGCAGUACAUGCCAACAAUUGGCUACUGGCUCAUGGACAAGGUUGGCAAGAACAGAGUAGAAGCUGCUGCCAAAAAGGGAAACACUUACUCAUAUAGCUUACUCUUUGGCACCAAGAAGGCAACAUGAAUUCCUUGACAUACAACUUGAAAUCUUGUAUGUAUCUUUUUCCUUGAGAUAAACUUCACUGCAUAUUUACUUACAAUGGUGUUGACUGAAUAUAAAUAAAGCAAGAAAGAUGGGGGUGUUGAAAGCAAGAAGGAUGAAAAUCUCAUCUUACCAUGGUGUUGCAACAUUUGCCAUCAAUUCUUAUUCCCCUCUUCUUUUCAACAAGGAUCCGAUUGCUUUAUAAAGUUAAUGAUUGAUUGUUUUCUUCAGUAGUGAAAUUACAGAAAUGUUGAUCGUGAUGGUUU